AGGAGGCUGGCGCGGCUGGGAGAGCAGCUGCUGACAGAGGUGAAGGCAUUGCGGAAGGUCAGGCUGCGGCGGGCCAACGCGUCCAGGAAUGUCAUCUUCUGUGAAGGCGCUGGGUCAGGCCAGGCCCUUGGGUGCCGGCCUGGCCCCGAUGACCUGCUGCUGCUCCCUGGCGACCCUGCAGAGGUGGCUGCCCUUCCUGGCCUGGCUGCCCCACUACUCCCUGCAGUGGCUGAGGAUGGACUUCAUCGCUGGGCUCUCGGUGGGGCUGACAGUCAUUCCCCAGGCACUGGCCUAUGCGGAGGUGGCUGGACUCCCACCCCAGUACGGCCUUUACUCUGCCUUCAUGGGGUGCUUUGUGUACUUCUUCCUGGGCACCUCCCGGGAUGUGACUCUCGGCCCCACGGCCAUCAUGUCUCUCCUGGUGUCCUCCUACACCUUCCACGAGCCCGCCUAUGCCGUGCUGUUGGCCUUCCUGUCGGGCUGCAUCCAGUUAGCCAUGGGCUUCCUGCGCUUGGGGUUCCUGCUGGACUUCGUCUCCUGUCCUGUCAUCAAAGGUUUCACCUCUGCUGCUGCCAUCACCAUCGGCUUUGGGCAGAUCAAGAACCUGCUGGGACUCCAAAACAUCCCCAGGCAGUUCUUCCUGCAAGUGUAUCACACCUUCCGCAAUAUUGGAGAGACCAGGGUGGGCGAUGCUGUGCUGGGGCUGGUCUGCAUGCUGUUGCUGCUGCUGCUGAAGCUGAUGAGGGACCACACGCCUCGCGUGCACCCCGAGAUGCCGCUUGGCGUGCGGCUUAGCCACGGGCUGGUUUGGACCGCCACGACAGCUCGCAAUGCCCUGGUGGUCUCCUUUGCUGCUCUGGUCGCGUACUCCUUCGAGGUGACUGGAUACCAACCUUUUGUUCUAACUGGGAAGAUAAUCAAGGGGCUCCCUUCAGUCCUGACCCCUCCCUUCUCAGCGACCACUGCCAACAGGACAGUUUCCUUCACUGAAAUGGUACAGGACAUGGGGGUCGGGCUGGCUGUGGUGCCCCUGAUGGGUCUCCUGGAGAGCAUUGCAGUUGCCAAAUCCUUUGCAUCUCAAAAUAAUUACCGCAUCAAUGCUAACCAAGAGCUGCUGGCCAUCGGCCUGACCAACACGCUGGGAUCCUUCGUCUCUUCCUACCCGGUCACCGGCAGCUUUGGACGGACGGCUGUGAAUGCCCAGUCGGGGGUAUGCACCCCAGCGGGGGGCCUGCUAACGGGAGCCCUGGUGCUGCUGUCGCUGGACUACCUGACCUCGCUGUUCUACUACAUCCCAAAGGCCGCGCUGGCGGCCGUCAUCAUCACGGCCGUGGCCCCGCUGUUCGACGCCAAGAUCGUCAGGACGCUCUGGCGCGUGAAGAGGCUGGACUUGCUGCCGCUCUGCGUGACGUUCCUGCUGUGCUUCUGGGAGGUCCAGUAUGGCAUCCUGGCCGGGACCCUGGUGUCGGCGCUGAUUCUCCUGCACUCCGUGGCCAGACCCAACGUGCAGGUGUCUGAGGGUCCAGCGCUGGUCCUGCAGCCAGCCAGCGGCCUGCACUUCCCUGCAGUUGAGACCCUCCGGGAGGCGAUAGAAACCCAGGCUCUGGGAGCAUCACCUCCACGCUGUGCGGUCCUGGAGUGCAGCCACGUCUGCAGCAUCGACUACACGGUCGUGCUGGGGCUCGGGGAGCUCCUGGAAGACUUCCAGAGGCGGGGCGUCACCCUCGCCUUUGUCGGCCUGCAGGUCCCCGUUCUCCAUGUCCUGCUGUCUGCUGACCUGAAGGGCGUCCUGUACUUCUCCACCCUGGAAGAAGCAGAGAAAUACCUGAAUCAGGAACCGGAGCCCCCGCCCUACAACAUCAGGGACGAUUCUGUCCCAGAACAUAAGGUCGCCCUGUUGAAGGCCUGACUGGGCAACUGGUGGGCGCACGGUGUUUGGACUGCCUCGCAGAAGGUCCUUGUCACUGUGGAGCCGGGUGCUGCCUUGUAAAUGCGCUGGCUUGAAGGUCUGAGGAAGCUGGGGCAGGUGACCCCGGGGGAGGGAGAGGGACCGGGCGACCAGGCCCAUAGGUGGGCCUCCCGGACUUCCUCCAGGGUGAUUGAACAGUCACCUCCCUACCGUUCCGGGGAGCAAGACCUCUUCUUAAGAGUGGUCUGGAGAGAACCUUCUAGAAUGACAGACCAUGGGAGAAGGGAAGGAGCAGGGACUUCAGCCUGGUUGCGGGGGGCAGUCUUUGCAGCCCAGCACCUUCCUGGGUUGUGGGGGAAGGAAGUGGGGUCGGGGGUCGCAGAGGUGGGUUCCGAUCCUGAUGGCGGCAUCUGUGCUGUUCUGGGAUGAAAACCAAGGUGUGCCAAAUGAUUCAAAGUGUCUGCUAAAAAUGAUUUUGUUGCGUUUUUUAAAGUUAAAAGUCAUAGCUUUGGUGUUUUUGUGAAAGUCAUAAAUGGCUUAUUGUAAAAACUACAGGAGACCAUCCCUCCCAGGCCACAUGGGUCAGUGUUGGCCCUGGACCCCUCCCUCCAGUACGUGUACGUGCCUCUACGUUAGCACGUGGUGUGUGUUCAGUCUCACGUAAGUGGGAUCACGUCAUCCAUGGUGCUCUGUAACCCACAUUUCUAUGCAGUCAGUACUGUGAAUUAUUUAUUGUAAUAAUAAAUAGAGAAGACGUGA